AGAGAGCGAUAGAGAGAGAGCGCGCGCGUGUGCCUUUGUCCAGUCCAGGACGCGAGUGUCCGAGCAAGUGUUGUCACCUCGGUAGCCUACACUGAGAGUGGGUAUCCUGACACAGUGGUGAUCUACUUUUUACACGUCGCUACUUGGAACAAAAGAUGGCCUCCCGUGGACGCUGGUCAGAUGGGUGAAAAUUUUCCGAAUGGUGAUCUUUUGUGAAACGUUCAAAACUUGGAAGGAUUAUGCUGAAUUGUGAUUGUUGAAUCCGGAGGAAAGCAACGGAAAAAGUUUGAAAUUUAUUGCUCAAGUGAACCUCAAGUUUUGUGUGUGGAAAAAGCCUGGGACGUGUGCUUAGAAGAAUAAUUGAUCCAGGUGCUAUGGCGUACCAGUGAUUUGAUUUAAAUGCUGCUCAUUCUAUUUGUGGAUUAUUGUUUUCACAAAGGAUAAAGUUAUGCUCAAAAUCCUAACAAAGAAAUAAAAGUGACGCGCAAUAACCGUUAAUUUUAGCGAUGGAACCGUUUCCACGUGAUCACUGAUUCAACGGAAGCAAAAAGUGAAAAGUUUUACAGUGCUAAGAAAAAACCAAAUCACCAGCUAUUCCAAUCACGAUGACGCAACUGGAGGACGACGUUCUGUUGAACAACCUGCUCAAGUUUCCCGGAACCAUCAUAAUCUACAACAAUGACCUGAAUACCUACAAUUAUGUCCUAAAUGGUCACAACUCCAUUCCGCUGACUCCCGCCACCACUGCACUAGCCGAAGGCACCAUCGAUCUAAAUGGCGCAGUUUCCAUCAACGUGGAAACUGUCCCACCGGAAGCCCCUCCCCCUCCGGGUCCUUUACAGUGCUCUACCGUGCCCCACACCACAAAUCAGCAACAUCACUACGAAGAAGCCAGCAGUUCGAGCAGCAGUGCUUGUAACGAAUCGCUCAUUGCCAACAGCAGUACCAUCCAGGAAGACUGUGAACCCCUCGAAGAGGAAGAGGACCAGCCGUUGAUGGAAGCUGAAGCGGAGGAUGACUCCGAACCAGAGUUGACUAACCUCUCAUGGUUGACCGAGCUGAAAAACAUUACCAACCUAGCGCCGUCGGACAUUCCGCUGACGGAUCUACCGACGGCUCGGUUCAACAAAUUCAUCGCCCAGGUGCGAAGGAGCCGCGAGUCGUACGACAAACGGAAGGAGGAGUACACUUCGGUGACGAACGCCACCGAAAAGCCACCCUUCAAUUAUGCGCAAAUCAUAGCGAUGGCCAUGCUGGACGAGGGACGGAUGACCUUGAAGCAGAUCUGCAAGUGGAUACAGGAAAAGUUCGCGUAUUACAAGGUGCACAAGAACUGGAAUAAUUCCAUUCGUCACAAUCUGUCGUUGAGUUUCUACUUCACCAAAGUAUCGCGCGCCAAAGACGAGAAAGGCAAGGGAGGCUACUGGGAGCUCUCAAUGGAUGCGUCCAAAAGCGAACGAAAGCGUAUCAGGAUUCGACAACGCAAUCGCGGUAGUUCAACAGCACCCUCGAUUCGCAGUCGCAACCGGCAGCGAAAGACGGACUCCAAUGACGAAGAAGCGCCAGUCGACUGCAAUAAUGCCAAAUCAACUUCGAACAGUAUUGUUGACGGAAACAAUAACGACAACCCAGCAACAGCAACUACUGUUUGCUACACCGAAACCAGUGCCGAACAAAUGAUCAUGGAUGAUCAAAUGAUCCACAACGUCACCAUCGAUAGCGUGGAUAAUGUCAGCAAUGCCGACUCCGGCUGCGUAGAUAUCGAUCAAAUUUCUACGAUCAGCGAGUCGCCUAUCAUAACCGUCACCGAUGAUCAGCUAAUCCGAUCGAGCACUUUAGUAGAGAACUGCAACAUCAAUUUCGAUUCGAUCAUCAACGCGGAGACUGGAACCAACAUCUUUACCAAUCUUAGCGUGGAUGAGAUCUUUUCAGAUAACGAAAUUCCCCAGCCAGCCAACGACGACAUCGUGGUGCCGUUCUUCGGAACCAACGGACAGCAAACCGUCCAGACGGGUCCCAAUGUGAUUGUCGAAACCAUUCCGUACUUUCUUCCCGACAUGGGUAACUUUGACGAGCAAGACUUUGGCAACCUGAUCAACAUCAACGAACAGGAGAUCAGCGAUGAGUUUCUCAACGAGCAUGGAUUUUUGUAGAUUGGUUAUUGGAAAAGAAGCAAUUUUGUACAUUUGAACCAAACUAUUGGUAGUUGGUGCCUUUCUCAAAGCAGUGUUUACUCCGUCCCCAUGUAUCAGUGUAAGGUCAGAUGACACCCAAACAUGAAAGAAAUUUGUCUAGUCCAUUUACGGUAGGUUUUUGAAGUUUGAAUAAGAAUUAAACGUAAAGUUUGUCAACCAGUAAUGUGGAGGAUACGUGCCGAGUUUGUAAUAAGAGGGAAUAAGAUAAGUCUGAACAUCAGCAAAUAUUAUAAAAUUGUCUAAUCUGUUGAAAUAUUAUUGCUGUACUCUAGGUGGUAGGAUUGGGAACUAUCAUAAUCAUACUCUCAACAACGACGUAGUGUGAUAUAUAUAUGAGCACAAUAAAACAAAUCUAUUCAUUGCACAAAUUCAACUUAACUAAUA